AUGUCUCUCCGCCUCCUCCUCCCACCUCGCGGCAGCCUACGCCUCCUUUCCCCUCUCCAUCGCCACCAGACCCCAAGGCCUCCGCCCUUUCGAACGACUGCCACCGGCGUCCCACAGAGGGCCUCUAGUUUCUUCAGUAUCCCUAUCCGCGCCUUCACCAGUAUCUCCGGCAUGGCUGCUGGGACGCAGCAGCAGACCGUGGAGGUUAGGGAGAGCGUGGAGCUGACGGAGGAGGAGGAGCGGAUCUUCGCUAGGCUGCUGGACGUCGUCCGCCACUUCGGACUCGGCACCCAGCUCCGCGUCGCCGGGGGAUGGGUCCGGGACAAGCUAUUGGGGAAAGGCUCUGCUGACAUUGACAUUGCACUUGAUAAUAUGACGGGCCAAAAUUUCUGUGAGAGAGUAAAUGAGUACUCAAAAUUCAUGGGUGAAGAGCAGAAAGGAAUCGGCGUUAUCCAGUGCAACCCUGAUCAAUCCAAGCACCUGGAAACUGCAAGAAUGCUUAUAUAUGGCAUAUGGAUUGAUUUUGUCAACUUGAGGUCCGAAAAGUACGCUGAAAACAGUCGUAUUCCUACUGUGGAGAUUGGAACAGCCAAAGAAGAUGCACUCCGCAGGGACCUAACAAUCAAUAGCUUAUUCUUCAAUAUCAACACUAAAUCAGUGGAAGAUUUAACUGGAAGAGGUCUUGAAGAUCUGAAAAAGGGCCUCAUUGAUACUCCUUUACCUGCCAAGUCAACUUUCCUGGAUGACCCCCUCAGGGUUCUUAGAGCAAUUCGGUUUGCUGCUAGAUUCAGCUUUACAUUAGCUGAAGAUUUGAAAGAAGCGGCUUCUGAUGAAAAGGUGAAGUCUGAACUUGGUAGCAAGAUUAGCAGAGAACGAAUUGGUCAUGAGGUAGACCUCAUGAUGUCAGACAAACACCCUGUCAAUGCACUGUGCCAUAUCCGUGAUUUGGGAUUGUUUUAUGUUGUUUUUGCUUUUCCUGAGAAACUAGAGCCUCCAGCUCUUGACAAACAUGAUUGGCUUUGUGUUUCACAUCUUGAAGCAGCAUGGAAUCUUGCACAUUCUAUUGGCCGUUCUGUGUUCAGUGGUGGUUCUGAUUCCAAGUCACAGGAUGAACAGCAAAGGCUUUGCCUGUAUAGCGCGCUAUUUACUCCAGUUCGAAAUAUGUUCUACAUGGACAAAAAAUCAAAGAAGGUUCCAGUUGUUAGCUAUAUUAUUCGGUACUCUCUAAAGCUGAAAGCUAGUGAUGCUGACACGAUUGUGAACAUACAUGUUGCGAGUGAAAAGUUUGCUGAAUUAAUUCUUCUCCUGGAGUCAAAUGAGAAUCUGGAAACUGUGAAAGAGAAGCUGGAUGAUGAAUAUCUAGAGAUACCAACAGACUUAGUGAAACGUGUUUUUGCAGAAGUGGGCAAUGCCAGCGAUUCCCUCGGCAAGCAGGAUGAACUAGAUAAAAUGAAAGAGAGAUACAUCAGUGUGGAGCGAUCAAUAACUGAACUUGAUCUUGAUGGCGUAUGGAAAAUGAAGCCGUUGCUUGAUGGAAAGGCCAUUAUGGGGGUCAUGCAGGUCAAGUCCGGAGGUCCCUUGAUUGGAAAAUGGCAACAACGGCUAGUCAAGUGGCAGCUUGCGCAUCCUCAGGGAACUAUGGAGGAGUGCAUGGAGUGGAUGAAGCAGUCGGAACAGCAGUCAAAACGCCAGAAAAUAGAAUGCAGCACUUGA